CGAACAAAGCGCCCUCCUCCUGUUCCCUCGCCCGCUCCAGGCAGCCGGGGAGGCGCCGCCGAGUUGCUUGACGCGCGUGGCUGGCAUAGCGCUGCGCCGCCGCCGCCACCACCGCAUCUCUUCACGGGGCGUGUGUGAAAAUGCCCUCACUCUCGCCCGCCCCUCCCACCUCUCCCAGGGACACCUCGACGUUCCGCCGUUGAUUCCGGCCAUUUGCGCGGCUCUUUCCCGCCUCGCCGCCAGCCAUGAGCGGCGCCCCCCGCGCGAAAGGGGACCCCAAGAGGCGCCUGCGCGAGUGAGCGCCGGAGGAUUCGCCUCGGGGUCUUCGCGGGGGCUCUUCUUCUUCUUCUUCUCUGCCCGUCCGCUCUGACGGGCGCGCGCCUCUCGGCGAGCGCGUGUAUGUCUGUCGUGUGGCAGUUUCUGGAGGCAGAAGAAGACGGCGACGAAGCCGCCGCCGCCGCCGCGCCGUGCUAUGUCCCUGGACUCAGUCCUGCCCCCUAAAGUGGAGAUGAGCCAGACCCGAGGAAAGGAGAGCAUCUCUUAAGACUUCCGAGCCAGGAUGGCGCACCUGCGGCAGCCCCUGCCUCUCCUGGUGGUGAUGCACAGCUUCCUCCCGCUUAUCUUUUGUGAUGCUAAGCAGAUCAUCCAUGCCACAGACUUACUAAACUGGGAAGACAAAGAUCCUGCAGAUACACUAGUUGAUAAUGUAGUCAAUUCGAGGAUCAUCAACCCUUUACGCCUCUUUGUUAAGCCAUCCCCAGCACUGAAACAUGGACAGAUGUCAUAUUCAGACAGCAUAGACAACUUUUGGGAUUGGUUAUCCAACAUCACUGAGGUUCAGGAAUCUCUUGCACGAACUAAACGCAGACCAAUUGUAAAAACUGGGAAAUUCAAGAAAAUGUUUGGGUGGGGUGACUUCCAUUCUAACAUCAAAACUGUGAAGCUGAAUCUUCUCAUAACAGGGAAAAUUGUUGACCAUGGCAAUGGAACCUUCAGUGUUUACUUCCGGCACAAUUCCACAGGCCUUGGAAAUGUUUCUGUGAGCUUGGUGCCACCUUCCAAGGUGGUGGAGUUUGAAUCCUCACCACAGUCAACGCUAGAGACCAAGGAGUCCAAGUCUUUCAACUGUCGAAUUGAAUACGAGAAAACGGAUAGGGCUAAGAAAACUGCAUUGUGUAAUUUUGACCCUUCGAAGAUCUGCUACCAAGAGCAGACACAAAGCCAUGUGUCCUGGCUGUGUUCUAAACCAUUUAAAGUCAUCUGUAUUUACAUUGCUUUUUACAGCGUUGAUUACAAACUGGUGCAAAAAGUCUGUCCUGAUUACAACUAUCACAGUGAAACACCGUAUUUGUCAUCUGGAUGAUAUAAUCCAUUCUCUCCCCACCCCACAAUGACUGAUAAAUCAGUGUAUUGAUAAGCUGUCUAAAAUUCCACUUUAAGCUUCUUUUGGACAGGGAUUCCUAAUCAGGUUAUAGCAACAAUAAUCUCUCUCCCAAGAGAAAAUAAUCCUUUCUCGAUGGGCUGGUUCACCUGUGCAUGUUCUUCACUUGAUGGCUACAACAUCAAGUGGCAAUUUGCAUGUGUCAGUGAACACCCUCAAAGAUCAAACACCAUAAAUGGCACUUUCAUAGCACUUGGAAGUCUUUCAGUUAAAUCAAUUCAACAUUUCUGCUGCAAGUUCAACAUAAUGUCUCAGCAAGUGAUGUUCAUGAGUAUGUGAACUGCCCCUAAGUUUAAGGUGUUGCCAUACAUAUUUAGGCAUUCAGAUACCAAAAUGUCAUUUCAAAAAAUGAAUAAUCAUUUGUUAUUGUGUCUGUUCCCAUCAGUUGUAGAGGAAACACCAGACACUGCCACUAUAUGGACAAGCCGAAACAAGAGACCCAAUGCAAGCAAUGUACACAUUAUCUGUCUUCUCUAGGAGUUGCUGCAAUAGCAGAUUAAUAUUUAGAAUGGGGGGAGCACACUUCAUUGGUGUUAGAGGAAAGUCAUAACACAACUGCCAAUAAACACGUCAGGGUAAAUAUUUAGGUUCAAGUAGAGAUGCCAUUAAGAUGAGCAUCUAUAGAAAUUUUGAGGGAAGUCAGACAUUUCCAAAAGAUUUGGAUGCGAGAACUAUUGUAGGGAGGGGCUUGCCCAACACUAGAGUUCCUAUGAAUUUUGCCUAAAGCUUUGGCAAAUGUUCUGUAGGAAUUGAAUUUUUAAAAGAAUUUCUAUGAGAUUUGUAUAAACUGUCUUCAUGAAUGAAUCAUUCACAAGAGCUGUCACUGACUUGCCAUUGAGCUUGAAUACAGCAGAACUGAGCCCAGUUAAUGCAAGUGAGGGUGGGUCAGUUGCUCACCUCUGAAGCCAUGCUUAAAAGCCAUGUUUUCGAACGACACCUUCCAUUUUCAUAGUUGUUAGUGACAGACCCACUAAUGAGCAAAAAAAAAAUGUGUUCUGGGUUUACUGCCCAACUCUAGGCUGUGUCCUCCCUCUUCAGAUGUGUGGCUAGUAUCUUUUUGGUGCCAGAUUAAAAUUUAUCUUUUAGCCCA